GAUCCGUGGUUUCCCAGACAUAUCAGUGAAUUGGAUCAGUGCACUCACAUCAUAGCGAAGUACGAGCCCGACCUCGACAGCGAUCAUCCGGGAUUUCUCGAUAAGACAUACAGAAUGCGGCGCAAAGAUAUCGCAGACAUUGCUUUUAAUUAUAAAUACGGAGAGUCAAUACCUCGAGUGACAUAUACUGAGAGUGAGAUAAGAACAUGGGGCGAAGUAUACAAAGAAUUGCGGCGAUUGUUUGAAUCACACGCGUGUCGGACACACGUCGAUGUGUUCACACUUCUGGAGAAGGAGUGCGGAUACGCUUCCGAUAAUAUUCCUCAACUACAAGACGUGUCACUCUUUCUUAAGAGAAGAACUGGAUUCACUUUACGCCCGGCGGCCGGACUGCUCACCGCCCGUGACUUCUUGGCGAGUCUGGCGUUUCGCGUGUUUCAAACCACACAAUACCUCAGACACGACUCCAAUCCACACCAUUCGCCCGAACCCGAUUGCAUACAUGAGCUGAUAGGACACGUACCCAUUCUGGCCGAUCCCACAUUCGCACAGUUCUCGCAAGAGAUAGGUUUGGCGUCUUUGGGCGCAUCCGAUGAGGAGAUCGAGAAAUUUGCGACAUUGUAUUGGUUUACCGUUGAGUUUGGUUUGUGCAAAGAGAAGGGGGAGAUCAAGGCCUACGGCGCCGGACUCUUGUCAUCGUAUGGAGAGCUGAAGCACUCGCUGUCACCAAAGCCAGAGCUGCGGGCCUUUGAUCCGAUGGCCACUGCCGUACAGCCCUAUCAGGACGUCGAGUAUCAGGACGUCUAUUAUGUGGCCGAGAGUUUUGAAGACGCGAAGAAUAAGUUCAGCGAAUACGUGAAGACAAAACUCGCCCGACGUUAUGAAGUAUAUUACGAUUCGUUCACCGAUUCGGUCAAUAUAUUGGACUCAAUGAACAAAUUGCAUGCUUUCGGCACUAAAAUCAAAUCAGAUAUCAAUUGCUUGAAUACAGCGUUGAGUAGAAUUAGUGGUCAGAAA